AUGCUGCUGGUCCUCAAAAAGAGGACCAAGAAGUUCAUUGGUCAUCAAUCUGAUUGCUAUGUCAAAAUCAAGCAUAACUGGCACAAAUCAAGAAGUAUUGACAACAGAGUUCGCAGAAGAUUUAAAGGCCAGAUGUUGAUGCCCAAUAUUGGCUAUAGGAGCAAUAAGAAAACAGAACACAUGUUGUCCUUGGGAUUCCAGAAGUUUCUUGUUCAUAAUGUCAAUAAACUGGAGGUGCUAAAGAUGAGCAACAAGUCAUUUUGCACAGAAAUUGCUCAUAACAUUUUAUCAAAUAACAGGAUGAUAAGGGGAGCUCAACUUGCUAUCAAUGUUACCAGUACAAAUGCCAGACUGCGCAGUGAAGAAAAUGAAUAG